AUGUCAGUAUCAGUGCCAGAAUCAACGAGCCUUGGAUUAUAUGGAGUUGCCGGAGGAGAUACAAUUUUUAUCAGGGGCGCAGCAGGAGCAGUUGGAAAUGUUGCAGCUCAGAUUGGAAAAAUUAAGGGAUGCACAGUUGUUGGAUCUUGCGGAAGAGACAAAAAAGUAGAAUUUUGUAAGAAUAUUGGAUAUGACGCAGUAUUUAUAAUCAACUACAAAAUAGAAUCUGAAAGUUUGGAUGCAGCUGUCAAACGAUAUUUUGAGAUUUGUUUGGCAAAGCAUUACCAACUGUCAAACCCUCCAUUUUCAAGCACAAUUUUACGUAACAUGAAUGCUGGUGGACAAGUGGGGGUAUGUGGAUCUAUUUCUGGUUACAACGAAACUACUCCUGUACUAGCUCCCAUUGUCCAACCUUCCAUUGUGACAAGUGAACUGAUGUUGAAAGGAUUCCAUUUUAGAACUUAUGUAAAUAAACAUAAGGAAGGAAAGAUGAAAUGUUACGAAAAAGUUACGAAAGGAUUCGAAAACGUUCCCGAUGCAUUUAUCGAUAUGCUGCGAGGAGGAAACGUUGGCAAAGCGGUUGUCAGGCUGUAAAUUUCAAUCACCAUACUAUCAUUAAUAAUUAUAUUGUAUCAAUUUAACAGUAUUAAAAUUUGAUUUGUACGCCCCCGUACUAACCUAAUAUUUUGAUGAUGUCAUAAUAUCAUGCCCGGUUAAACAUAUGCCCUAUGUCAGAUUAAAACAAUCAUGCAAGGCCUUCUAAGCUAAUCAAACUGAAUCAUUGUUUGCAAUUUAUUAUCGACUUUUGCUGCUUUUUAUAAUAUUACUGAUAACAAUUGAUUCCAGUUUAUCAGCAUAUUUCCUGGUACAAUAUCGACGAUUAAAAUAAUUGCUCUAUGGAACAAAGAAAAUAUGGGGCUCCCGAAGUAUGCGAACCAAGAUGGCGGACAUCGGAAUGUAAUAUGUGUACUAGGUUAGGGUUAGGCCAUAAUUUUAGGUAUAAAUACUACGGGAGGCUCUUGGCUAGUCUUCG